AUGGCUAGAUGGGAAGGAUCGGCACAUGACACUAGAAUAUUUCCUGAUGCAAUUCAAGAUCCAAAAUACAAAUUUUCGCACCCACCAAAUGGAAAAUAUUAUCUUGUUGAUUCUGGAUACCCUCAAAUGAAAGGUUAUCUUCGACCAUAUAGAGAUCAACGAUAUCAUUUACCUGAAUUUCAUAGAGGUAGACCGAUAUCUGAUUUUAUGGAAUAUGAAAAGAUUACCCGAACAUAUGAGAAUAUUAUUGAUCCAGAAGAUGUAAAUGAUGGAGAAAGUGAUGAUGAUAAUGAUGAUGGUGAAUCAAACAAUUCAACUGGUUUUGAUGAUAAUGAUGAUGGUGAAUCAAACAAUUCAAGUGGUUUUGAAAUGGAAUUAACAAAAGAUGUUAUAGCUUCUAGUUUAAUAAAUGCACUUUAA